UAUCAGUACUGCAGCACUUCGCACGUGGACCCUAAACUCUCGGGGCUAGCAGAAUUCAAUGAAAAAAAGCUUUGCUCCAAUUGUUGUCAAAUGUGACAAAUAAUUUACAUUUAAAACUGUGAUUCAAAAUGGAGGAUAGUGUUGAAUGCCCUCUUUGUGCCCAAUCUUUCUCUAAAACGAAUAUUCAAACCCAUGCUAGCACCUGCGGGAUGGAAUCGAAGAAACCUUUGAAAAGAACACUUUCUGAUAUAUUCGGACAUACAACAAAGAAAGAUCAGACCAAGAAGCCUCGAUUGGACGAACCUGCGAAAGAGGUGUUUUGUCCUAGCCCCGGAUUAAAACCCAAAUCUUCCAUGAAUCCUGCUCCUCUGGCAGAGAGAAUGCGACCUCAGGAUUUGUCAACUUAUAUCGGACAGGAGAGCGUUGUUGGAGCUAGUUCUCAGCUCCGGAAGCUAUUAGAGGCUGAAACUAUUCCUAGCUUAGUACUCUGGGGACCACCUGGAUGCGGGAAAACUAGUCUAGCAAACGUUAUCGCGAACAAGGUUAAAGGGAAAUGCAAGUUUGUUAAGAUGUCUGCCUGCACAUGUGGAGUAAAUGAAGUUCGUGAAGUAGUGAAGCAGGCAAAGAACGAGCAGGCGAUGUUUAAACGGAAUACAAUUUUAUUCAUGGACGAGGUCCACAGGUUCAACAAGGCACAGCAGGAUACUUUCCUUCCUCAUAUUGAAUCAGGUGUGAUAACCUUUAUUGGAGCUACAACAGAGAAUCCAUCGUUCAGUCUGAACUCCGCUCUUCUCUCUAGAUGUAGAAUCAUUGUGUUAGAAAAGUUGUCGCCUGAGUCCCUGAGACAGAUCCUAGAACGAGCCCUGGGCGAAAAUAAUAUCAAGGUGGUGGAGAAAUUGGACAAGGACCGGAACAGUAUAUCUGAUGAAUCCAUAACCUACCUCACCAACAUUGUAGAUGGGGAUGCAAGGUCAGCUCUGAAUACCCUGCAGUUGUUGAUAAAUAGUAGAGAGGCCAACUCGCACAUUGAUCUGGAACAAGUUAAGGAGGCUGCUAAAAGGUCUCAUGUAUUGUAUGACCGGAAGGGGGAUGAGCACUUUUUUAUGGCUUCUGCUCUGCAAAAGUCGAUACGAGGUUCUGAUGAUAAUGCUGCUCUGUACUGGUUUGGACGGAUGAUAAAAGGAGGAGAGGAUCCAACCUUCAUUGCUAGAAGACUGGUCAGGAUUGCUAGUGAAGAUGUAGGAUUGGGAGAUCCUUCGGCACUUCCUCUAGCUGUAGCAGCUUUCCAGGGAACUCAAUUGAUUGGGAAACCGGAGUGUGACGUUCUUCUUGCGCAUGCUACAGUUCAUCUUGCAAGAGCUAAGAAGAGUCAUGAGAUAUACAACGCACUGAAUGCCGUUUAUUCUAACAUUGAUCAGGGUGUUCUUCCACCCGUGCCUCUACACCUGAGGAACUCGACCUCUAGGGCCACGACGGAGCUGGGCUGGGGGAAGGGAUAUUCUGCCAACCUUGAGAAGGUUCAGAGCAUCUCCUACCUACCGGAGGAGCUCAAGGGGGUUAAUUUCUUCAAUGAGAAAAAUGGAGAUUAAAGGGAUUGACGAGUAAACGUUAUUUUUAUGCGACUAUUAAUAUGUGCCUUUUUUUGCGUUACAUUCGAUUUAUUUUUACAGUGAAAUUACAAUAAUUUUCAUAAGUCUUUUAGAUAAAAACAGUGACAAAUGCCGUCUUGUUUGAUGAAGGUCGUUGCAGUAAAUAUUUUGACUAAAAAUGCCCGCGACUAGGAUUUUGGAGGGCGAACUGUGAAAGUGCUUAUAAUGGUAGAAGAGACAACAGGAGGAGUUAAAGCUCUCAGUUAAAUCAAUAAUUGUGUCAUUACAUUGCUCAACCUCUACCGCCUGCCCUUGUCUAUCGAUUUCUACGAUACACCUCUUAAAAUCCUCCAGGAAUUUUAAGAUAAUUCCAUCUUUCAAAAGAGGUCCGCUCAACCUGCAGAUGAGACACUGCAUACACGCAGCGCUGUCCUGCUUCAGGUUGACCUUAUCUUUGAACGGUAAAAGAUGAAUCAAGGACUUCAGAUCAACUGCUUCAAUAUGGAGGCACUUUGCCGUUUUAAAAGGGUCUCUAGCCUCUUCAUCUAGAUAGGACACUUCAGGGUUAAUCGUACUGUAGAGGAUAUAGUCAAAUCUUCAUCACUGGAAUUUGAUUGUCUAGUAUAAAAGUCCAAAGUCCUAGUAUCCUCUGGUAACUUCACUUUCAUGUAAAAUAACAUGGUUAAGUACUUUCCUUCCACUCCACAGUCCACACAAGUAACAAGUUUCAACUCCAUUAAUAUAUGUUCAUUCUCCAUCUACAACGGUUUCUUUAAAAUUUUGAACAAAUUAACAAUAGAGACAGAAAUCGUAUUUAUUUAAUUUUAUUGUCUCUACAGUGCAAAUCCGCGCGUCAUUGACAGAGAACCCACAAUUGAAAAUAAUCAAAUAAUCUCAUUUUUUUAAAUAGUACCGUUGUGAGUUGGGUCUUGCCACUAUAUAAAUGUUAGUCAACUUAAAAUCAUGGUUACAGUUUCUCUAAUAUUGUGACUGAUCUUCUUCAAUAUCUCCUAUUAAGACGGACAAUGUUUAAUAUUUUUAUAUAUUAUUUUUUAAGUGUAAAAGUUGACAUUUUGUUAUC